AGAAGGGAGCGGGAAAGGGAAAGAUGCAUCCUUUCCUCUUCUUUGUAAUCGCUCCAAAUUCAAAAACACAAUUCUCGGCUCUCCCGACUCCUCUACAAGCCUCUGACUACUCGAUUCUUCGCCCUGCUUUCAAACCCUAAUUUUGGAUUAGGGUUUCCAUUGCACAGUCGUGAUUAUGAGGCCUGUCAAGCGCGAACCCGCCGCUAGCAGCCGCAGUAAUCAGAGUAAAGGCGGCGACGCCGUCGAUGCUGUGAAUUUAAGAGAUGUUAAGCGGGCGAGGGUUUCUCGGGAGAAAGAGAACAUCGGCGAGGGCAACAUGGCUGAAGCUGAAGAGGGUCAGCAAGGCUUGACGAAGCGGCGGGUUCUCCGGUCUCGGUAUCUUGCGGUCAUUCACGAGAUUAGUGAAAGGAGAGAGGAUUUGACGAAGGAUUCGGACAAGUUCAAUGUUAUCAUCAAUGAAGUGGAAAAGUUGCACGAGCAAGUUCAGAAGCCGAGGGAACAAGUUGCAGAUGCAGAAGCCUUGCAAGAUAUUGCAAACUCCCUGGUGACCUCUAUUAAGUCGCAGUCAAAUGAAGGUGUUACUCCGUCGGAUUUUGUGAGCUGUCUGCUCAAAGAAUUUGCUAACAUUGAAGGCGGUAUAACAUCCGAAGAAAACGAUCCGAUUUCUGUCAGUUGGAAAGAUAUUGGAUUAGGCGUUUCGUCUAUUUUCAUGAAUGGCCAUGGAUGCCGCACCAUGCUUGGACCUAUGAGCACUCAGUUGAAGCAGCGAAAGACUAAUAUUGCCCGGAAACGUUCAAGGCCUACUGAAAGUUCGAGACCUGCAGAGGUUGAUGAAGAUGGAUCUGAAGAAAAAACAGAUACAGAUAAGAACAUGAGCAUCAUGUUUGGAAUUUUGAGGAGGAAUAAAACCGCUAGACUUGAACAUUUGAUAUUGAAUAGAAACUCUUUUGCACAGACAAUAGAGAACUUAUUUGCUCUCUCCUUUCUGGUCAAGGAUGGUCGGGCCGAGAUAACUAUUGAUAAAAAUGGUUCUCAUUUUGUAUCUCCGAAGAAUGCCCCGGCCCAUAGUGCCAUUAUGUCACACGAAGUUAAUUAUAGUCACUUCGUAUUCAGAUUCGAUUUUAAGGAUUGGAAGUUGAUGAUGGAUAUAGUACCAGUUGGAGAGGAGUUGAUGCCCCACAGGAACUUUCUAAAUUCAGCACCCAUACCCCAAGAAGAAGCAGCCACGGACGAUUCUGAAUCAGCGACAUUGCCUACCACGCCAAUUCGAAAGCUGUCAAGAAAUCGAGGUUUAGUUAUGCAAACUGUUGUUGAGGAUUCCCCUGAUAAUGAUGGCGCUCAUUCAGGACCAACUGCAAUGUUGAGGUGCAAGAAAAAGCUUAGUCAAGGUUAGGAAAAGUAGAGCUCUGAUAACUACCGGAUGUGAGUUCUUCUUUCCGGUUUUUGUUCUGUUGGUUGCAUAUUUAACGGCUGCCCUGUGAAUAUGUCAUUAGGUUCUAGGAGAAAAUGAUUGGCAAAUAUAAGUUCUCUAACAGAAGUUAUGCUCCAAGUAUUCUGUAAAGGUAGAGUUCCUAGUUACGUUAAUACAAGGAAUGGUAGCCCGAAAGUAGGGUCAGGGGCAUUUUGUUUGUAGUUCUGCAAUAUUCAAAAUAUAUUGACUUCUAAUUAUAAGCAUGUUUGCCCCAUUUAUUAUCA